AUGGAUUAAUUUUAAAUAGCUGAAAGUUCAUAAUAAGUUCAAAAUUACUACAUGACUAGAGAAUCUUUAUUAAACAGUAGAUAAAAAUACUUCUAGUCUAUUCUUUAAAAGUUAUAAUUGAAUAAUGAAGAUUAAACACAAUUAAAAAUUAUAAUUGACUAAACAAACUAGAAAUUAGAAUUACCUAAUAGUUUGGAUCUCAAAUUUGCAACAUCAAUUCCAAAAAUAAUUGAUGAAUAAAUAUAAUUUUUAAUCAUAAAUGAAACAAUUGAAACAGAUUCAUAAAAUGUUGAGGAAUUGUAAUACUAAUGUACUCCAGGGUUUAAUUUGAUGCAUUCCUUUUUAUGGAAAGAUAAUAUGGAUAGAGUAGAUUAAAUUUAUGAAUAUUUACUUUAAUAUAUACAAGAAGAAUAGGAUAUUUUAAUUUAUUGUAAAAAUGUUAAUGAAAUAUAAUUAAUGGCAAAAGCAUUAGGAUAAUUUGGUUAAAUUCAAAUUAGAUUGACACCAGAAUUUAAUGAAUUUUAUUAAAAACUUGAUUAAAGAAAGACCUAAUAAAUCAAUCAUACUAUUUAUUUACUCAUUGAACCAUAAUAUUUGGAAUCUGAAUGUAUUACUCUAAUUAUUCAUACUUAAUACAAAGAAAUUAUCAAAUCAUAUAUAAAAAGUAGUGUUAUUUAUUCAGAUCAAUUACUCUCUAGAUAAGAAUUGAUAAUUAGAGAAAUUCCUAAAUCUAAUUAAUUAGGUGUCUAAAUUAUAUACAAUUUUUCAUAAGAAACAUAUAUUUCUCUUCCUCCAAAAAUAUAAAAUCUAGAAUUUAAUUAAUUAGACAAUCAUAUUGAAUAAUUUGAUAAAUCCAAAAAUAGUGCUAUUAUUAAAGGAGCCUUGAAAACAUCUGGUAUGCUUUUAUAAUAUUAACAAUAUUCUAAUCUAACAAUCAGAAUUAGUCAGCUAUGGUCAAAUAAAGGUGAUGCCUAUUCAUGGAUUGAAAUUAUAGAAUAGCUUGGAACAUUUAUUAAUUCAAUCAUGUUCAAUGCAGAAUUUGAUAAAAAUUAAAGCAUUUUUGAAUUAACAUAAUUAGAAAAAUGGUGUGAAGAUAAUAUGGUAAAUCUAUAUAAAGGAAUAUUAAUUCUACUUUAUGUUUAAUAAUUCUCUCAAGAAUAUGUAAAAAAAUAAAAUAUUAUAGAAUUGCCCUUCUGUUAAUAUACUUAAUGUAGGUGGAUUAGCUAUGGUUCCAAUUAGAAGAUCAUCUAGUAUGUAGGUAGUUCAAGAAGACAAACCUUUAGUUGAGGAAUAAUUAAAGUUAAAUUUUCCUAUAGCAGAAUUAAGAGAGGAUAAGUCAUAUCAUAUUGAAGAACAUAGUUUUAAAUUAAAUUAGUGUUGUAUUUAAUCAUAAAAAGGAAGACUUUAAUAACAUAUUCAUGUUUUAGCUUUAAAAGAAGACUCAAUCCUAUAUCUUCAUAAUAAAAAUAGAAAAACAUCUAUUGUUCAAAAAGAAAUUAUAAUAAAUAAUGUUGGUAAUGCAAUUUUGGAGGAAUUAUGGAAAAAUUAAGGAAUUGAGAUUACUGAAUUAGAAAAUAAAUAUAAUUGUUCAAUUGAACCUAAUCUAUACUUAAAUUUAAUAUCUAUUUAUUCUGAUGAUUAAGUUGAUAUGACUGAAUUACAUACAAGAAUUGAAAAAAUUAAAGAAAAUCUAAAAACAUAAAUUAUGGAAAUCAAACAUGUUAGUGGAAAGAAAUUAAUUUUUUAGAGUGGAGCCCUUAUAAGUGAAUGGAUAAAGUAACAUGAAUCUAAAGAGUUUAAAAUAAUAGGAUUACCUCCAAAAGUAACAGAAAAUGAUAUCAAAGAAUUAUUUGAAGAUUUUACAGUUAUAACUCAUCUUAAAUUAAAUUAUUUUUAAAAUGAAACUUAAGCUUAAAUUGUUAUUGAAGAUAAAGAUGAUAUGCCUUAUAUUAUUUAAGGAUAUGAUUAAUCAGAGUAUUAAGAUAGAAUUAUUAGUGUUAUUACAGAAUAAACUAAUUAUUAAUAAUAAAAGAUUAAUUAAUAAAAAUAUAUUUUGAAUGUUAUUUGGUAUGCAAAAUUAUGUACAGGUACAUGUAUUGUUAUAUUUAAUGAAAUGGAAUAAGCAAUAUAAUGUUUAAAUUAAUUUAAUAAUUAACUUUUAGAUGGAAAAGAGAUUAAAAUAAGUUAAAUUGAUAAUUUAACUUUAAAAUUUUUAAAUUUAAGUUCAUUUACAACUGAAAUCGAUAUUUUGAUGUUGUGUGGUGGGAAAAAACAUAUCAAAUAUCUUGAUUUACAAUCAAAAACACUUUAAGAAAGUAAAGAUGAUUAUUCAUAAAGAAUUAUACAUUUAAUCAAUAGGAAUAUUGAAAGAAAUGAAAAAAAAGAUGUUGAUUUUAAUCAUACACACUUGAUUAGAAAACCAGGAGGCAAAAGAAUAGCUAAAAUUUAAAUUUCAAAUGUUAUUACUAUGUAAAAAUUAUUAGAAAUAUUAAAUGGAUAAAAAAUAUAAUUUGGAGUAAAUCUGAUUAAAGUACAUUGUCAAGGAUAAUAUUAUUAAUAUCAUAAAAUCCUUAAUUAACUCAAACCCCAUAUUUUAGCCAUUCUAAAGGAACAUGAAAAGUUUCAUUUCAAAGUCAGUUUUCAAUAAGAAACAUAAUUUAAACAUACAGAAUAAUAAGUUAUGAUUCGUUCUUAGAAUAUUUUAAUACAUUAAUAAUUAGAUCAAGUUUUGACUAAUUUCUUAUAGGGUUAACAAAUUAAACUAUAGAAUAAUGGGGAUUUUCUGUUUACAACUUUUGGAUAGAAUAAAUUAAAAGACUAUGAGAUGUUGGAUGGAAGCAUACAUUUUAUUAUUGAUCAAUACAAAAAAGUGAUACGAGUAUGUUGUAAAUAAGAAAAAUUAUAAGAAAUUACAGAUUUUAUUAAUAAAAUUACUUAAACAGUUGUUUCUCAUAAAUUAAUAAUACCACCAGGAGCUUUAAAAGAAUUAGUAGGAUUGAAAGGUUAAGGUCUUGAUAAUCUUAAAAAAUAAUUUAAUUUGACAUAAAUUAAAUACAAAUAGCAAAGUAGAGAAUUAUAUUUAGAGGGAUAAGGUUAAAAUAUUUUAGAUGCUGUUUUUUGUAUUGAAUCUGCUGUUUCUUAAAUAAACUUAGAUGGAGAAACAGGAAUAAAUGAAGUUAAAUAAGCAGAAUGUCCUAUCUGUUUUGAUAAUAUUAAACACAGUUAUCUAUUAUAAGGUUGUGGUCAUAAAUGUUGUUUAGAAUGCAUUUCUCUACAUUGUAAUAGUGUUUUACAAGAUGCAAAAUUAUUCCCUGUAAGAUGUCCUGUAUGUAAUGAAAAGAUGAUUUUAAAUGAUAUAUUAUAAAUAAUUGGGAAAGAUAACAAAGAUACUUUGAUAAAUUUGGCACUUAAUAAAUUUGUUUAGGAUAAUAAUUAGAGUUUAACAUUUUGUUAUACACCAGAUUGUAAUAAUUUUGAAGAAAUCUAAACUUAAGAAAAAUCAAUAUAUUGUUCAAUGUGUUUAAAAUAAUAUUGUUGUUUAUGCAAAGUAAUUAUUUAAUUAAUAAUAGGCUUUAAGACAUCCUGGUUUAACAUGUGAGGAAAAUAAGAUUGGUGAUUAAGUUUUAUUAUUAAAAUUAAUGAAAGAAUAAGAUAUUAGAAAAUGUCCAAGUUGUUAAGCAUUAAUAUAAAGAAUUGAUGGAUGUUAUAGAGUAACUUGUUCUGUUUGUAAACAAAGCAUAUGUUGGAAAAAUAACAAAAAGGGAGUUCCUUGUAUGAUGGUGUUUAAAACAUCAUCAGAAUGUUAUGAACAUUUAUCAAAAGAACAUGGUGGUUAUUGGUGA